CAAUUUAUAUGAAUUAUUUCUUCCAAUGUGUUCAUAUAAUUAUUUUAUGAGUUUUUAAAUUUUAUGUAAAACAUAUGAAAUAUUUUAAUAAUUUUCAAAAAAAAAAGAAAAAAAAAAGAAAAUAGAUGAGUAGAAGGGAAGAUGUAACUUCUAUUAGAAACUUUUUUGUUUUGAAGUUCAUCUUUACACUGUGCAAAUUAUUGAAACAUAAAUAAGUGAUAAACGUGCUUUUAAAUUUUUCCAGUUUUUUUUUUUUUUUUUAAUAUUUACAAAUAAAACAAAUAGUACUUUAAGAUUUACAUAGUCAUUAUAAUUUUAAAUAUAUAUACUGUUUUUAAUUGAUUAAGUAGAUUCAUAAGGUCAAUUUUGAAACUUUUAUAAUAUUGAUACUUAUUUUCAUAUAAGUUAAAAUACAAUGAAUGCUCGCACAUAUAAAUCAUGAACUUAUAAAUUAAGUAUUUAUACUUUUAUUAAAAAAUUAAUGGUGUGUAGAUAGAUUAAAAUUUAUCUUAUAUAAUUUAUCAAUAUUUUUUAAUCAUCAUUUUGAUACAAAAAUAAUUAUGAAUUCCAGUUACAUAUGUAAUACACAUGUAACACAUUCCUUGAAUAACUUAGAGAAUCCUCAACAAUGAGAGCAUACUAGAAAAGAGAAUAAUGAAAUGAUGAAAGCAUCACUUAUGGUAUGAUACAUUAAUCCUUUUGAUUGAAAAAAGAUGAUCUAAGGAAGCGUGAUAUAUAAACGCAUUGUAUAUUGAAAAUGUAAAAAGGGUUAAUGUUAUAUAAAUUGUAGAAGCUCAUUAUGUGUCAAGACUUGGAGAUACUGCCUAUAUAAGUUAAACUGCCAUUUAAAAUACUAAUAUACAUGCUUAUAAACAAAUGCUAAUUUUGGUACUUAUUUAUUAAAAAUAUAAUGAAUAUUUAAAGACAAGAAAUAACUUUAUCGAUAUUUUAUAUUGCACUGUAUAGAAAAUGUAACUGUUAUAUAUUUAUACAGAAAAAAAUUAACAUUAAACGAUUUCAUUUCACUAAAAAAAAAGCGCCACUGAUAUUUUGACUAAAUCAAUGGAUAUGAUGCAUAUUUAAUAUUGUUUUGUUGUCAUAUGUCUUUAAAUAUAAACAGUCUAAAGUUAUGAACCUGCAAAAAGAAUUAAUAAAUUAGAAGUUCUAUAUUAUUUUUUACUUUAAUUAUUUGUAUAUAAUAUUUUUAUACCUGUAUAACAAAAUAGUAAGUGGAGCUGUAAAUCCAUGCCAUAAAGAAUGAGCAUCAAAAAUCCAAAAUAUUGGUGAAAAAUCAAGCACUUCUAAUAAAGUAACAAGAACUGCUAAGAUAUUAAACCAACCAAUGAGAUAUGCGUGAGGUACUUUAUGUCUGACAUGGUACCACCAUGACAUUGUUAUUACAAAAGUUAAAAAACCUAUAGUUGUAAAAUAUUACAAUUAUAGAUGUAAAUAUAUUAUUUAGUUAUAUGAUUACAUAAGUUGAUGUUACCUAUUACUAUAUUAAAUUUCAUGUUGUAUCCAUAGUUAAUUGCUCCAGACCAUAAGUGUGUUAGAUGCGCAUAUAAAAUACUAAUAUAACAACAAGUAAGUAUAAUAAAAGUUUUGGUAUGUUUGUAUGUCAUUCUAUAAUCAAUAAAAAAUUUCGAUUAUACACUAUUUAUAACUACAGAAUUAAAGUACUUUAAUAAUAUAUAUAUAUAUAAAUUAUAAAUUUUAUAUAUAUAUUUAUAUAUAAAUUUUACCUUAAUGACAUACAAUAUAAUAAUGUCAGUACAAUAGCAAAUGCACAUGAAUAAUCCAUUACUUCUGUAAAAUCUGUGUCACGUGCAUGGAAUAUUGUAGACCAAAACCAUCCAUUUAAACAAAUCUAAAGCAUCAUGAUCAACCAUAUUACAUUAAUUAUAUAAACUUUUUUUAUAAUAUUUCUAUAUUAUUAUAAUGUCCAAAUACUCACAAAACUAAAAUAUGACCAAACAUAGAACAUGGGAUAUUUUGAAUUUAUUUUUCUUUUAAAUUUCCAAUAUAAUACCCAAUGAGCAUAGAAAUUAAAUAUUGAAAAUAAAACAGAAGCUGGUUCUUGACAUCCAAAAAUACGUAUAAAUGGCCACUAUAAUAAAAUAUACAUAUAGUUUUAUUAUAUAAUUUUUAGUUUUAUAAAUAGAAAUUACAUGAUUCACAUUUUUUAUUAAUAACUUUUAUAACUCACUUUUCCAUAAAACUGUGGCACUGUCAAACCAUGAUUUACAAAAUAUUCAACUGUAUGCCACAUGCAAAUAUAUUUACAAUCUUCAAUGCAAGACCAUGAUAAUAACGAAAGGAAUAGAGAUGGUGGAUUAAUAAAAGUAGUAUCUGUACGGAAAGAAAACAUUGAAAGAUAUAAAUCAUCAGUAUUUUAUAAUAUUGGAUAUUUAUAACAUGUUAUGUUUAGAAAAUGUUCUAUUGAAAUUUUUAAUGGAAGUUCAAUUUUCUAUAGAAUUAAAACCUAAUCAAAUAAAACAAAUAAUACAAAUGUUAGAACAGGUGUUUCAUCAAGUAUCUUCAUAAUAAAUUUUAAUUAUAAAUCAAAUGAAUUAUAACUAUAAAAUAAGUUACAAUAUUUUGAAUACGUACCAUCUUUACAAUGAUUAAUACGAUAUUUCAUAAGACACUGAUUGUAAAUUUGCGAUCUGUCUCCUGUCGAUGCAAUUACAUUUGUAACAUAAUAUGUUUGAAGGAUCAAACAAAUUAUCCAUGCCGGUUUUAACAUAAUGUCACGAAUUAAUACAUCAUAAUAAAUAUAAUAUAUCUAUCUAUAUAUAUAUAUAUACAAAUAUAUUACUUAUUAUUGGGGAAAUAAAAUAUACGACACGUUUAUAAUAUACAAGUACGUAGAGAAAUAAUUAAAAAGAGAUAAGGAGAAAAAUUUGAUAAAAAAUUUAAUUAGAUUAAUUGACAGAUAUAAUAAACUGGCGGGUUAUUCACCGCCACUAUACUCGAAACAUAUGCGACUUCAGCGACAGGUCACGGACAAAAUAUGAACUACAAAUGCUAAUGGUUGGGAACACUAUGUCCUUCAUGCGUCUAUCGUAUCAUUGUAUAAAUAAGUUUAUGUAGGUUACAUCCCUUUAGCGCAUAAAAUAGUGUGCGAAAGAAAUAAUGUUUUAAUUUUGAUAAAAAUGAUAUAUAAAUAUAUAUAUUCACUAAUAACUUAUCAAAUAAUUGAUAAAAUCUUGCUUUUAGUAAGAAAUUAGCAAUGUAAAGAAUCAGUACUUUAAUAUUUAGUCAAACUUUGAUUGAAAAGAUUUUGUAAUUUCAAUGUAAAAAUACAUUGAAAUAUGCAACCAUUCGUCCAAUGAUAUUUGCAUUACAUGAUUUACAAUUAGAUUUUAAUAUAUCGCAAGUAAUAACCGUACCAGGUCUCAGCACAUUUAGAAAACCGCGGCCUAACGGUGACUAUUCAAAAAAUUUUCGAUACUGGAGUGACAUACCACUUGUCGAAAAUUAAAAUUUCAAUGCUAACUGGACGAGGAUAAAUAAUUAUUUAAAUAUUAGUUUGGUAUACUUCGAGUAUGUUUCAAAUUGUUUAAAUAAUUCAAAAAUUUGAUCGAAAGUAUAAAUAAUCGAAAGUAAAAAAUAUCAAAGUAUCGUGAUUGGUGCGAUUUGAUUUACCCGCGCUAAUACAGUUUUUAAAAUUUAUUACAAAUUAUCAAUAAAUUCUAUAUAUCUAUAUCUUUUAAUUGUUUUAAUUUAGAUAUAUGUACAUACAAAUCUGGACUUUUUAAAUCAAAAAAGUUAUAUAUAUAUAUAUAUGAUUAUUAAAAAAUGUUCGAAAAUUUUAUAAUCUAUUGGCAAUAUUGAAUCCUUUUCUAUUAUAUGAUAACUUCAAUAUGUCCGUACACGUGGUAUUGCGUUUGGAUAGGUUAUGAUACCUAAAGAUGAGUGUUUGUGUCCAAAAUUGUUUUAAGGUGCUAUUAUAAAAAAUAGAUAGUAUAUAAGAAAAACUAAAAAUAAUGUCACCAGUGACUAUUGAGAUAAUGAGUGCUAUAGAAAUAAUAAGUGCUAGUGAUGGACGAAAGAAACGAAAAAGGAAUAGAUCUUCUAUUAUAAAUGGUGUAGAAAAUGAACGAGUAAAUGGUGUUGAUGAAACAAAUUCAAAAGACACUAUUAUUCAGAAUGAAAACUCUAUUGAACGACCUAAAAAGAAAAGACGUAAACUUUCAAAAAUACAUACGAAUGAUAUAACUGAAAAGAACGAUAAAACUUCUAUUGAAAUUAAAGAAAACGAGAAUGAAAUUUCUGAUGAAAAAGUUGUUAAAAUUAAGACAAAAGGACUAUCUGGGAAAUAUUUUAGGAAAGCUUUUACUUCUCCCAAUGGUUUUGAUGAAUUAAAAACAUUUGUAACUAUAUGUACAGAAAAUAAAAAAAAAGAUUUGGCUUCUGAAUAUUUACUUGCUGGUGGAAAUAUUCUUGAAGUAUUGCGAUUGUUAGAUAACUCUGAUAACAAGAAUAUAAGCAAAGCUGCUACAGUGUUUACAGCAAUAAAUAUUUUGAUUAUGAAGAUUCUGGCAAAUUUUCCUCAGAAUCUACCAAGUGCAGAAGAGGCAUGUCGUCAUUUAAUUAAUUCACAUUUGUCUUCUGUAUAUUCGAUGCUGUCUACUCAAAGUAAUGCUAAACAGCAUAAAGUAGUUUUGAAAUUGCUUACAGCAAUUGUAUCCUUAGGUGGAACUCUUCCUAGAGAGCUGGUAGCUCAUUUAUCUUUUCAACCUAAAGUCAUAGAAUCUCUUUUACAACAUGCAAAACCAUCAGAUCCAGAAAAUGUAAGAACAUGUUACAUUCACUUCAUUCUUGCAUUUUUAAUAGAAGGAAAUAUUACAGUUAUUAAAUCGUUAUUAGAUAAACGAGAUGUACUUACUAGCAUUUUUCCUGGAUUGAUUUAUGAUAAACCAGAAAUUAUUAAUUUAGUAUUGGCUAGUAUAAAAAAAUAUAUUUUAGAAAACCCCGGUAUUAGUAAAACAUUAAAAUUGUAUGUUUUUUGUACACCUAUCGUUCAAAGUUUGGUUUCCCUUUAUAAUUGGAAAGGACCAAAUAACUGGUCUAAGGGAAAACGUAAUAAAACUGUUACAAAAGAUGUCCCUGCAGAAGAAAAAGAGCUUGUUACUAAUAUAGUACAUAAUUUUCUAAUCACUUUGCUCACAUCUCAUCGACAUGGUAUAAUUUUUCAUGAUCGUACCAUUGGUACUUCACGUGACAAACAUAAUAAUCAAUUGAUAAAUACUGUUCUUCAGAGCUUAGAUCGCCAUUGGGAACAUGUAAAACCAUCAGAUUUAGUUGUAAAGAUAAUGGCUGCUUGUCCAAGUCUGAUACGAUCACAAUUAAGCUAUUUAGAAUCUUAUUUAGAACCUAGAGUAUCUAAAAAGUGGAUUUCUGUUAUAACAUUUGUUAAACAGAUAAUUGAAACAGUAGAUAUGGACAUGUGUUUGAAAACAUGUUCCCCUGAAUUAAAUAUAUCUCAAUUGACCAAUGCCAUAGGAUCAUUAUGUGUGCCGUCAUUAUUAAUAAAAGCUGCAAUUAUACCAUCUUUAAAUCAUUCUAGUAUUAUUGUACGGCAUGAAGCUAUGGAAUUAUUUUUAAGUAUGAUAAAUCAGAUGAAGAAAUAUUUAUUAGCUACAAAAUCGUAUAAUAUGAAUAUAUUUGAAGUAAAAAAUAGUGUGAUGGAUUACAUCAUGAAGACUGUACCUAAUUUAAACACAAUAUUAAAAGUAUGGACAGAUGCUUUUAUUACAACUACAGAUGUAAAUAAUUUACAAGAAGAUAAUUGUUUAUCUGAGCCAUCUAAACAAAACCAUUUUUCUACAAUUUUAAAUGUACUUCAUACAUAUAAUGAUAUAUGUCCAGAACUUUUGGAUAUAACAUUGGAUAUACAACCCAAUUUAUUGUUUUCUGGAUUAAAUAAUUUAUAUGAUGUGGAUAAUGAUGAAUUAAUUAUUUUAAGGAUUAAAGCAAUACAGUUUUUGCUUGCCUUAGAUUCAUCUGAAUUUGCACCAUCUAAAACGACAUUUGUAGAAACAUUUUUAUUUUUAAGUCUUCUUCUAAAUGAAAAUUCAUCUAUAAUUUCUUCAUAUGCAAAAACAACUAUCAAAACGUUAUUAAAUGUAACAGGAAUAUUUGAAGGAUGUCAUGAACAAAUGGAUAUAUGGAUUAAUGGUUUAUGCAAUGUACAUAAUUCUGUGGACAAAGCAGAGGUAGUAAAUUGGCUUAUAAAGCUCAUUAAAACUACUAAUAAACAUAUGGAUAAGUAUGUAAAUAUGAUAAUAACGGCAGAAGAAGCUGCUAAUUCCGCUGAGGUAAUAAAUGCUAAUACAUUGAAAAAUAUAUUAUACGAACUUUAUACUAUCGAAGAUAGAAAAGAAAAGGACAAGAAUAUUAAAAAGUUGUAUAUGCAAUCAGCUACAUCUAUUUCACCUAUUUUAUGUUGUGCAAUUCAUAAAUUAAAAAUGGCUUCUACUUCUGUCUUAUUACAAUAUAUUUCUUAUAUAUUAGUACAUACACUACAUUAUCAAGUUAAUCCAGAACCUUUAAUAUAUUUGAUUACGGAUAUUCAAGAUUUACAAGCAGAAAAAUAUUUACUUAGUUGGUGUUCCAAUAGUAAUCCUAUAAGUAUACCAAAAAUAUUUUCAUCUAUGAAUAUUAUGCACAAAUUAAGUAAAGCAUUAAUGAAAAAUUCUACAAUAAAAUUGAACAAACUGUUCACCGGAGAUAUUAAAUUAAUUUUUAAAUAUGAAAAUGAAGAAGUAGCAAUAAAUCAUUCCUUAUCGACAUAUGAAAUUAUAGUACUGCAAAAAAUGAUUACAUUUUAUUUCACACAUGAUAUUCGUAAAAAUGAUUUAAAUGAAGUUAAAUUUAAUAAUUAUAAAAGAGUCAUAAUAUGUUUAUUAAAUAUAGCAAAUACCAUUAUGAUUGAAGAUAAUUCUACAUUUGUACAAAAUUUUGUAAAAACAAUUUUUAGUCAUCCGGUAAUUUUACAAUACUUUUCUUUCUAUCGUGAUGAGAGCGCUAUUGGAAGUACAAUAAUAAAUUUAAUUGUUGAUAUUUGUCAAAUAGUAAUUGAUGAAUAUAAGUUGUCUAUAAUUGAUUUACUUACGCCAUAUAAAAACAAGGCUAUAAUACAAAUUGAGAAAGUAGUACAUGAAAGUCAUGUUCAAUAUAUUUCCUCAUAUAAAAAUAUUAUUAUGUUAUUGGAACAAUUGCAACUUACUGCAGAAGAUAUUGUAGAUUUGCUUAUUAAAUUGUCAAAAGUGGAAAAAAAUAUGUUUAUGUUAAAAGACACGUCUAGUUUAUCAAUAUGUGGAUACAUUUUUCCAAAAUUAUUGCAACUUCUAUGCAAUGAAAAAAUCAGAUCUGUUCAUUCUGAAGUAUCAAAAUUAGAUACACACUUUAUUAAGAAAGCAUUUUCAUAUUUGACCUUUUUGAGACAACAUCAUGUAUCAGAUAUUAAUCUAUGGGAAACGGCUUUACGAGAAUAUCUAUAUUAUUUCCCUCAUAAUAUUGCUGCUAUUGAUACAAAUGUAUUUAAAUCAAUUUUGAAAAAAAACAUUGAAGAUACAAAUGCACAAUUGAUCUCAUUUUUACUCAGCAGAAAUGUAACAUUUUUACCUUCAUUUAUACAAUAUGCACUUAAAUAUGAAAAUAUGAAAGAAAAUACAUACUUACUAUCUAUAAUAGAAAAUAAUUUGAAAUAUGAAUGGAAAGAAGAUUUAAUAAAAAAAUUAAGUGAUUCUUAUAAGGAUGAAAUAUUACAUUAUAUAUCACAUCCCACAGAAUCUAAAAAGUGGAUAGAAGAAAAUACAAAUGUUAUUUGUUAUAUAAUUGACAAUUCAUUUGAUUUAGAAACAUGUAAAAAUAUAUGCUAUACUGUUCUACAAAUUGGUGAUCAAUUAAACAUGGUUCAUACAUGUUAUAUACACCUACUGAAAAGUUUAUAUUACAAAUAUGCACUUUUAGAGGAAGAUGAUAUUCAAGUAAUAAUGAAUUUUGUUCAAAUACUUUUUCACAUAAUUACAUUAACAUUAAAAAAGGAAUGUAAAAAUAUAGAGAAGCUAACACUUUUAUGUGAAAAACUGAAUAGUACAAUCAAUCAUUUAAAAGAAAAAAAGAAUGAUUUUAUAUUUGAAGAUUUAUGUAGAAAUCAUUCUUGGCCUCAAUUUAUCCGUUUUUCGCUGAAGUUAGGAUUCUCAUUAACGAAGGAUAACAAAACAUAUCUACCAAUAUUAAAAACUCUAUGCACAUUAUGUGAUGUGAUAUGUAAAGAUGACAGCAAUAACGAUUAUGCUAAGACGAUAUUUGAAAUGAUGACUUCUCAUUCCGAAUUUGUUAAUACCAUGUUAAAAUCUUCUGUAAUAAAAAAAGAUGUAAUACAGUUGCUAUGGAUUCUCAUUCAGAAAAACAAGUCUGUAAUGAUAUCAUCACAUAUACCACUUUAUUUAGCAGCUUAUGGUGCUACCCUUUCUGAAACAGAUCAACUUAUUUUGCUUAUACUGCAAUAUUAUGAACGUAAUAAUAUUAAAAUUAACGAAUACCGUCCAUAUUUGUGGGGCAAUGCAGCGGCAAUACAUUAUAGUGUCAAAGGUGAUGUAAGCACUGCACUUUGGAGGCAACCUUCUACUUUUGAAGUAUUAGCAUUAUUUGAGAAAGAAAUGGUCGAAAAUACUGUCAAAUAUUAUCCAAUAAAUAGAUCAUUACAGAGUAGUGAACUGUAUAAUGCAGGUGAUAUUUAUGACCCAGCAUUCUACUUACCUUUAUUGUGUUACUUACUAUCGGAUAAUAAUAUCGUACCAUGCUAUAAAAUAACACAGAGCGGAGCUUUGGCUCUUAUCUUAAUGGCAUGUAGUAGCAAUCAUAGCGAAGUUCGUAUGGCGGCAUAUACUGUUAUUUCAAGAUAUUAUUUUCAUCUUGAAUCAUCAAGUUUCAAAGAAAAAGUUCUUUGGAUGCGACUUAUCGAUUCCUUACGUAACGGAAUAUUAUCAACAGAAAUUAAUUUGCAUGAUAUGCAUAUAAUUUGUUUAGUAUCUACAUUUUUAGCCAGAACAUCUAUAAUAGCUACUCAACCAUUAAAUCCCCUUUAUUUGCCACUUCAUAAUUUUCUUAUGGCCAAGCCAGCAUUAGACUUAAACACAAUACCGGAAUUAUUACAAUUAUUUCAUAGUUCUGAUGUUCAUCAUAAGGAACACCGACAUUGGAUUUUAGAAACUAUUCGUGAUGGUAUCAAAACGGAAAGGGAUGUAGAGAUUGCAUGUAAAUGCAUGCUAUACAAGAUGUUAUUAGAUUUUUUUACUUGCUUGUUAUCAGAUAUAAAAACGAAGAAACUCAUAUUAGAAGUAAUCGAAUCGAGCACGAAAAUUCCUAAAUCAUGUCGUUUACUUAUACGAGGAUACGGAUUACUUUCUUGGUUGACAGAAACCGUAAUACGAUUGGAAAAUUGUGAUCCUCAAUACGUAACUCUUUUAAUUAACAUUGUCUCUAAUAUUUUGAAAGCCCUAUUAUGGGUCAAGCAAGAAUAUGAUUCUUAUAAAGUUUUGUUAUUAAAGAUUCUCUUAUCUUUGAAAACACGUUUGACUAUAGGGAUAAGUAUAUUCUCAUUCGAGCAAUAUCUUACUCUUUUACAAAAAUUACUUGUAUCAAAGGAUUUAAAUAAUAUUGUAAGUAAAGAGGAUAUGAAAGAUAUCGUGAAUUUUUCUAAACAUUUUAUUGGGAAAAUAGAUGAAUACGAAAAUAUGCUAGAUCAUGGUUGUGAAUACGUUAAUAAGACAGAAAUUUCAAAUAUGAUGAAUGAAUUAGAAGCAACGCGAACAAGUAUGCGAUCGUUGGUUUGGACAUGGUGUAAAUACAGAGUGAGAUGACAUCAAUAAUAAACUAAUUUUUAUUGUAAA